UAGAUAGAUGUAUCUGUCAUAUAUGGGGAGAGACCGAAGCGAUGAGAGAGGGGGAGUCGUCGUUGUCUUCUUUUUAUACAUAAUGUUAAAAAGAUAAGCGAUUUCUCAUCCCUCCUCUGCCCAAAAGCAAGAAUGAUUUUCUUCCUUCAAUAUCAGGUUUGAUGAUAUAGGUUAAAUACAUCUAUGGUAAAGCUAUUCAUUUCAUGAAGUUAUGGUGUCCCAUAUUUGAUGGAUGAUGACCGUACCGAUGGAUAACUCAUCUGCUCCUAUACGGGAGCAUGUCCAACGUCUUUUCAACAAGAAUAAUGAGUUGGAGAAGGGACUUAGGAAGGCGGCCCAGGCAAAGAUACCUUCAGAUCCUAAUGCAUGGCUACAAAUGAGAGAAAAUUAUGAAGCCAUAAUUCUCGAGGAUCAUGAUUUUUCUGAGUUACAUGAAAUAGAGUAUGGCUUGUGGCAGUUACACUACAAACGAAUAGAGGAGUUCAGGGCACAUAUGAAUUCUGCUUCAGCAUCUGCAGGAUCUGUCACAGCUCACGGUGGAAAAGGUGUUGCUCGACCUGACCGAAUUAAGAAAAUACGUUCUGUUUUCAAAGGCUUCCUAUCAGAAGCAACUGGAUUUUACCAUGAUCUGAUUCUGAAAAUCAGAGCAAAAUAUGGGCUCCCUCUAGGAUAUUUUUCUGAGGGUCCAGGGAAUCAAAUUAAUCUGGGGAAAGAUGAAAAGAAAUCAGCUGAGAUGAAGAAAGGCUUGAUAUCCUGUCACCGUUGUCUUAUAUACUUGGGUGAUCUUGCUCGUUACAAAGGAUUAUAUGGAGAGGGCGACUCUGUCAGCCGUGAUUAUGCUGCUGCUUCAAGUUACUACAUAGAGGCAGCUUCCCUUUGGCCUUCAAGUGGCAAUCCCCAUCAUCAGCUUGCAAUAUUGGCAUCCUAUUCUGGGGAUGAUCUGGUAGCAGUCUACCGGUACUUUCGGAGUUUGGCAGUAGAUUGCCCCUUCUCAACAGCAAGGGACAACUUGAUUAUUGUAUUCGAGAAGAACCGUCAGAGCUACUCCCAACUGCCUGGGGAUGCCAAAAUUAACUCAGUCAAGCGAAUGAAUGGGAGAGGAAGAGGAAGAGGGGAAAUUAAGCUUCCAGCGAAAGAUGUCAAAACCGAAAUUAAUCCCAUAAAAGGAGUGUUCAGUAUCCCAGAGAUUUAUAAAACCUUUUGUGUUCGAUUUGUCCGACUAAAUGGCAUUCUUUUUACACGCACGAGCUUGGAAACAUUUGGAGAAGUUUUCUCUUUGGUAAUGGCUGAUCUGCAUGAUCUUCUUUCUUCUGGAACUGAAGAGGAGCUGAAUUUCGGUUCUGAUGCUGCUGAAAAUGGGCUUUUUGUUGUUAGGCUUAUCGCAAUUCUCAUAUUCAUGGUUCAUAAUGUAAACAAGGAAUCUGAAGGCCAGUCAUAUGCUGAAAUCUUGCAGCGUUCAGUUCUUCUUCAGAAUGCAUUUACUGCUGCCUUUGAGUUUGUGGGACAUAUUCUCAGGAGAUGUGUACAAUUACAGGAUAUUUCGUCAAGCUAUCUGUUACCUGCAAUUCUAGUUUUCAUCGAGUGGUUAGCUUGUAAUCCAGAUAUUGCAACUGGCAGUGAUGUUGAGGUUAAACAAGCCACUGCUAGGUCAUUCUUCUGGACUCAGUGCAUUUCUUUCUUGAACAAGCUUAUAUUGAGUGGGUUGGUAUCUGUCGAUGGUGAUGAAGGUGAAACCUGCUUCUCAGACAUGAGCAGGUAUGAGGAGGGAGAAACUGGCAACCGGCUUGCAUUGUGGGAGGACUUCGAGCUGAGGGGAUUUUUACCUCUGCUCCCAGCACAGCUCAUUCUCGAUUUUUCUAGAAAACUCUCCUUUGGAAGUGAUGGUAGCAACAAGGACAGAAGAGCCCGUAUGGAAAGGAUUCUAGCUGCAGGAAGGGCUCUUAUGAGUGUGGUUCGGGUUGAUCAGCAGGGAAUAUAUUUUGAUCUUGAACUCAAGAAAUUUGCUAUAGGUGUUGAGCCCAAAAAGUCUGAGCAUGAUAUGAUUGGUGCUUCUUUAGACAUAUCUUUGUCCACUGGAAUGAAACAAGGAAUGCCGAUUGAGAAAACAAGGAAUUUGGGAGCUAUGCAACCGAUGGAACAGUAUUACAUGGAAGGAGAAGAGGAGGAUGAGGUGAUUGUUUUCAAACCAACUGUAGCUGAAAAGCAUACUGAUGUGAGCAUCCCAAAAUCAAUUGCUUAUGAGGUCCUUAAGCCUGUUGAGGAUUCUUCUAAAGAUGACUGGGCAAAUUAUGCGGUCGCUCUUUCUGCACCUCAGCUGCAGGUUGCUAGUUUAAGUGCUAAUUCACAACUGCCCUUUUCUUUUGCUAAUACUAUCCCACAUCCCAUCCAACAUGUUGAUCCGAGUACUUCGAAGUGGAUUGUGGAACAGCAAGCCUCUUUGGAUGAUGGAUUGGAAAGUUUGAGCAUUUCUGGGAAUGUGUUAGCUGCUAAAGCCGAGUUGCAACAAGGAUCGCACCCUCAUGCAUUUUCACUUCCCUUUUCAUCAUAUGAGAAUCUCAAUUCUAUCGGCAUUUUAUCUGGACAGACAGGAUUUUCGGAAGCUGUAAUGCCAUCCAAAUAUGAUCAUAUAAUACCUUCUGGACCAACUAUGAAGCUGCCAAAUGUGGCAACAAAUUCAAGAAAAAGUCCGGUGAGCCGGCCUGUUAGGCACUUUGGACCUCCACCUGGUUUCAGCCCUGUUCCUACCAAACAAAUAAACGACUCCAUGGCUGGCUUGGUAUUGAAGAAUGAGCAUCCACCCAUGGAUGAUUAUAGCUGGCUAGAUGGAUAUAAAUUUUCCUCUGCAGGAGGUGCAGAUUGGAACAAUUCCCUCAAUUACAUGGGCGAUGUGUAUUCCCAUGCUUCUGGUAAUCACAAUAUCUCGACUGGUAUGAUGAGCUUCCCUUUUCCUGGAAAACAAGCUCCUGCUGUACAGGCCCAGGUGGAAGACCAGAAAAUGUGGUCAGAUUACCAACCUCUUGAGCAUCUGAAGCUUCAUAAGGAACAGCAGCAGCAGCAGCUCCAGGUCCAGCGGGGAAAUCAACAGUCUGCUCCACUGCCGGAGCUGUAUCAAGGACCAUCUCUUUGGUCAGGCCAGUUCUUCGUGUGAGAACCUUGGCAUCAGAUGAUAGCUGGUUGUGGAGAAUCUGUCUUGUGAUUGGCCUCAAGCUUGCUGCUACUGAGUUCGGACUCCACCUUAGCAGACCUUUCAAUGUCGUUAUACUUAUGUUGGAGCAUGGACGGUCUUGUGAGCAUUACAGGCUCAUGCCUCUGAAACAGAGCUCUCCAGACUGGAACAAAGGGAUGGUGGUUGAAAGUUUCAAAGAAGAUUCAAGUAAUCCCCCUGUUUGAUUGGAUGGUCAAGACAAGCCCAAAUAUAUAGCAAGGUCUGAAAUGGGUUGUUGGUGACUUUGGCGUUUGAGGUUUCUAAAACCCAACUCAAGCUGGGGCCAGGGAACCAGUCAAUAUUCUAUCAUGAUCAUGAUAAUGGUCUACAAACAGGCUAAUCUGUCGGAGAUGGAUGCAUCAUUGUCAUCUUCUCAUCAGCGAUAGUAGCAACUGGUAUCUAGUGAAGGUCAUCAGUAACAGCCAAAAAAUUCCAGAAAAAAAGAAAAGGAAGUUUGGAAUUGGAGGUUGCUGGUGUGGUGUGCAAAUCAAAGGUGGAAAGGAAGAGUAAUAUUAGUUUCAAAAGGUGCAUGACAUAGCAAUGCGUAUAGCUUUGUCCAAUGCGUAUGGAUGUGGCUUAAUGGUUGGUGUUAUUAAGAAGUAUUCCUAGUUGCAAACAUAAAAGAUUGUUUUCUUUUUUCUCACUGGACUGCUGCAGUGGUGACAGUUGAAAGUUCUCUAUAAUAUGAUAUUUGUUUGGAAAUACUUAAAACUGGUAGCACUUUGUUUCUAAAAUUCUGGGUGGUGCUAAUAACCUUUCACUUGCUAUU